GAGCUGGAGGACAAGCUAGUCAAGGAGGCCACCCGCCAAUUUGCGCGUGGAGAGCUCUACUUCUCGUACGACUUUGACCUCACGACUCCCCUGCAGCGCAAGCAUGAGCAGCUAGUCAAGGCCAAUGGAGGUAAGACGGCGCCGCAGCCCACCGCUCCCUCUAGCAAUGGCAGCUCUCUGCCGCCGUUUGAGGAGCCGCGUCCCACCUUGCCUCUCUGGCGACGAGUGGAUCGCCGCUUCUUCCACAACGAGCACAUGCUCCGCGACUUCAUUGCUGCGGGUGCGCACAGCCUCGUCUUGCCACUUAUGCAGGGUUAUUUCCAGACGUCCAGCUUGCCUCUUCCUGCCAGCAGCGGCGGCGAGGCUGACAGCAGUGCGCAGUUGAUGAUCAUCUCGCGCCGCAGCCGUGAGAGACCGGGGCUUCGCUACCAGCGUCGCGGCGUUAAUUCCGAUGGGCAAGUAGCCAAUUACGUAGAGACAGAGCAGGUCCUCUUGGUCCACCGCGAGGAGCAGACGCACCUCUUCUCCUUUGUACAGUUCAGAGGGUCUAUCCCUCUCUACUGGUCGCAAUCCCCCUUUAGCCUCAAGCCACCCCCCAUCCUCGAGCGCUCAUCCCAAGAGAAUAAGCGCGCGUUCGCUGCCCACUUCAAGGCGCAAGUCGAGCGCUAUGGGAAGGUGACAUGCGUGAAUCUUGCUGAGCAGUCCGGCAAGGAAGGGGAGAUUACGGCUGCCUAUCAGAAAGGGGUAGAAGAACUCAGGGAUGACAAGGUCAAGUAUCUUGCCUUCGACUUCCACAAGGAGUGCGCGGGUAUGAAGUUCGAGAAUGUGAGCCGGCUCAUUGAGAGGUUGGACGACACGCUACAAGAGAUGGGCUUCUUCUGGCGCUCGUCGGGAGGCCAAUUCGGCACCUUCCGUGUUUCCUGCCUCGACUGUCUUGACAGAUCAGGCGUAGCGGCUUCUGCCUUUGGGCGCCACAUGUUACUCUCCCAGCUCGCGAGCCUAGGCAUUGCCGUUCAACCGAAGGACAAUCCCGCAUUCGACUACGCAUUCAACGACGCCUGGGCGAACAACGGUGACCAGAUCUCGCAAUGUUACGCCGGUUCUCGUGCCCUCAAGGGGGACUUCACCCGGACGGGCAGGCGCAAUUGGACAGGAGUAUUCAAUGACGCGACGGCUAGCGUUUACCGCUUGGUGCAGGGAGCAGUCACGGACUUUUGGAGGCAGACGGUCAUCUCCUUUGUCUAUGGGGAGCUCAGCUUGAGCGGGCUUGAGAAGUAUGGCGAGGAGCUGCAAAGUGUCGAUCCUUCCAAUGAGGUCAGGCUCGCGCGAGUGAGGGCCGCGGCCAUCGAGACGUGCGCGGGAAUGGACGAAGGCGAGAUCCGCAUUGGCGGCUGGACGCUCUUCUCCCCGCACGAGACGAAUCGCGUACAGUCCACUCGGCUGGAAGAGAAGGUCGUCCUCCUCACCAACAAGUCCCUCUACAUCUGCGCCUAUGACUUUACGGCGGACAAGCUGAGCGAGUACUCCCGCAUUCUCCUCGGGGACAUCACUGCUCUGCAAAAGGGAGAAUACAUCCUGAGCCCUAAGGAAGGCGUGUGGAGCGAGCAGCAUUGGGGUCUCGUGGUCUACUACCUCAGACAAGAUACAAGGGUCAAUGUGGCGAGUAUCAAGAAU